GAGGUCGCAUGCUUGAACACAACUAUGGAACGAGGCUCGCAAAGCAGAAGGAAACGGCCUCAGGGAACAUCUACAACUUCAUGAUAACAUCAACUGAGCGUUUAAGAGAAACAUGAUGUUGUUAUAAAUGCGCUUGUGGAAAAGGCAGUCCUGGUUUCGACCUGUUGAGAGACCCGGUUCAAAAGAGCUGCAUAGACCCAAGCAUGUCUGCACAGAUAAUGAUGCAAUCCUGCUACAUGGACCGGAGCAGCAGCUUUUUUAAGCUGAUCGACACAUUUUCCACGGAAAUCUCAGAGCUAAAGCAGGAAAUGGUCCAACCAGCCAGAGAGCCUGAGACUGAGAUCCUACAGGGUCUGGAAAGAGAGGUGAGCGGCCUGUUCCUCCAAUCUUCUGAAUGUGCUGUUGCAUCAGGAGUGAGGGACUCUGGGUAUGACUCUCUGCGCAGACGGAUGAGCAUCUUGGACCGACUAAUUCAGACACACUCUGUAUGGCUGCUGCUGCCACUCAGUGACGAGGAAGCUAGACACAUUCUGCAGCCGCAGCCGGCGGGGAGUUUUGUGGUGAGAAGGUCUGCUAGACUGCAGAAAAAGGUGAUUUCCCUGCGGAUUGAAAGUGACACACUGACUUUUCGGGACUUUCCAGUUAAAGAGAGCCAAUAUACCUUCUCCCUGGAGGGCUCAGGAAUCAGCUUUGCAGACCUCUUUCGACUGGUGGCUUUCUGCUGUAUUAGCAGGGACGUGCUGCCGUUCACCUUGAAGCUCCCUGAGGCUAUCGCUGCUGCAAAGACCCCUACAGAUCUGGAGGAGGUGGCUCAGUUAGGAAGAGGUUUCUGGGACUCUGAGUUUUGCAAUAAGAGGAAGUGUUCCGUUUCUUGGGGCAGCAUUUGUGAAAAUUCACAACAGAGAGCAAAACAGUGGGGUUGUAAGUUGUCCCUAAGAGACAGCAUUCCAGCCAUCCCACUCACUCGUACCCCAUCCCAGCUUGAAUGCAGUCAAUCCAACGGAGCACUGUGCUUCAUCAAUCCCCUUUUCCUACAGACACACCAACCUAACCAGUCACCCAACAAGCCAGAUACAUUAACAUCCCCUGGCAACGAGGGCACCUCUCAGCCCCAACAAAGUGCCCAGCACAAAACAGAUUGCCAGCAGAACAGGCGUAGCUGUGAAAGCAGUACGCCAAACAGCUCCAAAACAAGUGGGAGUAGAUCCAAUAGUGAAUCUCGCUCCCCGCCUCCUCGGCCUCCACCUCCUCACUUUGCCCUUUGCAAGCAGAAGACCAUGCCUGAGACAGCCUGCUGGAUCAAAACGCCUCAGGAAAAGAGUAGCUUUCUUGGGAGGUUAAGUUCCUCCUUCAGUUCCUUUUCUCCCUCUUCCUCCCCACCCAAAAAGUUAAGCAAACCUAUUCUGGUGCCUUCAUCCCGCAGUAAGAAUUCCUCCAGCCUACUUGAUGCAGAUGGACUCCGUUGCCAAAUGGCCCUGGAUGACCAGACCAUUGAGGAUGCUGUAUCUUGGAGCCUUGCCAAGAUAUCUAUGUGCAACUCAAAUACUCUGGAGAACAGCAGCCCCGCAGAUGAGCACAGUUCCACCAGACGAGACCGUUUUAGUGACAUCAGCAUCUCCACUUCAUCCUCAGACUCUCUUGACUUUACUCAGAGCUUCUCACUGCCCAUGGAGGCCAGUCCAUCUAGAAUCCACCGUCCUGCUGGCGACAGCAGCCUGGAGGAGGAAGAAGAGGAAGAAGAUGAUGGCAUCAACUUGGAGAGCGACCAGGAGGUGCCACCACCUUUCAAGUCAAAGAAACAGAGCAACGGUAGCACGUUUGCAUUGCCACGCGCAUUUAGAGGACAUUUGCACAAGAUGAGCACCGUUCUCAAUUCUUUGAUGACGCCUGAGAGGAAAGCCAUUCGGAAGAUCAUGGAGCAGUCCAGAGAUAAAGGAACUUACUUUGGCUGCCUGGUGCAGGACUAUGUGAGCUUCCUGCUGGAGAAUCGCGGAUGCCACACAUCAGGCUUGGACCUGCUGCAGACUCUCAGGCAGUUCAUGACUCAGAUGAAGUCCUACCUGCUGCAGAGCUCUGAGCUUAACCCCCCCAUUGAGUCACUCAUCCCAGAGGACCAGAUUGACCAAGUGAUGGAGAAAGCCAUGCACAAGUGUGUGCUGAAGCCCCUGAAGCCUGUGAUAGAGGCCGCUCUGCAGGACUUCCAGGUGAGCAGUGGAACUUGGCAGCAGCUAAAGGAGAAUCUGGUGUUGGCCAAAGCCAAGCAGCCCCAAGACAUGGGUGUGGAUGGAGCCUUUCCCCCUGACCCUGUGGCCAUAGAGAAGAUCCGUCACAAGUUUCACAUCAUGUGCAAGAUGUACUCGCCUGAGAAGAAAGUGUCUCAGCUUCUCAGUGUGUGCAAGCUUAUCUAUAGCAUUAUGGAAAGCAACUCAGGGAGGAUGUAUGGGGCAGAUGACUUCCUCCCCAUGUUGACAUAUGUGAUGGCACAGUGUGACAUGCCUCAGCUCGAUGCAGAAAUUCAGUAUAUGAUGGAGCUACUGGAUCCUUCACUGCUUCAUGGAGAAGGAGGCUAUUACCUGACCAGUGCAUAUGGAGCUAUGUCUCUCAUCAAGAACUUCCAGGAGGACCAGGCAGCCCGUGUGCUGAGCUCUGAGACCCGUAAUACUCUGCACCAGUGGCACCGCAGACGCACCACCCAGCGCAUCACACCAUCUGUGGAUGACUUUCAGAACUACUUGCGAGUGGCACUGCAAGAUGCAUGCAACGGCUGUACAGCCAAAACCCUUCAGGUGCAACCUUACGCCACAACAGAAGAUGUGUGUCAGAUAUGUGCGGACAAGUUUAAAGUUUCAGACCCGGAGAACUAUGCCCUGUUCCUGUUGACAGAUGAAACGACACAGCAGCUGACCCCAGACACUCACCCACAGAAGAUCAAGGCUGAACUGCACAGCCGCCCACAGCCACAACUGUUUUACUUUGUGUACCGCCAGAUCCAAAACCUCACGGUCCCUUCAGACCAGCUCAAUGGCGACACUGUGCCCAACUAAAAGAGCAAGCCUGGUUUCCAUCAGGUCCUCUCAGAAUUCCGAAUGCAUCAUUAUUUAUUUCCUUCGAAAGGAACACUGCUAACGUCUGCAUUGUUUUGAAAAUGUGCAUGUGUUGGAGGGAAGCGGAAAAUGUGUUUAGAGGGAAAUAGGGAAGGAAGGAUGUGUCUGACAGAUGCAGCACUUUUUUUCUGCUCUGUCUUCACUAUUUUCAAAGCAGGAAGUGGCACGCGACCAUCACAAGAGGAUAGCUGUACCCAAACUGCAAUGCUACAAUUAUGGAAUUAAUGCAACACAUUCAGGUUGGCAGAAGAUCUGCAACAUUACAAUGUUUAUGGUGUUUCUGUAAAGCUUUCAUGUACAAAUCACAUGAUCUGCCCUACAUACCUCUCCUGUCCUUUUUUCCUAUGGUGAGAGAUGGUGGUAUUGUUCAUAAGACUGCUACCUAUGCAGAGAGACUGGAUAGUGCUGGAAAAAUUAUUGUUAUGAAUUUUAGGAAGUUCUUUGAGGAUAUCCUUAUAAGAAAUGUUCUUAUGUUAACCUUAACCAUGAUAUUUUUGCAGUUGCUGGUAAACUGCAUUCUUUUUAUUUUAUAUAUGAUUUAUUGUUAUAGUUUUGCAUGUAUCUAUAUGAUAAGACCAAUUAAAGAAUCAGGCAUUGUUGCCAGAGUUUUUUAUCAUAUUGUUUUUUAUUAAUUAUGAUCAGUCAUUGCCUACAGUCAUUAGUCUGUAAAUCAAAGUCUUGUUAAAAACAUUAAGCAAAAUUGUGAGGCUAUGUUCUAAAAUACUGUACUACUGACAAGCUUAAGAUUUGGGGCUUGUGGUAAUCUAGAACUCUGUUGUAAUGAUUUUUGUUCUGGCUUGUAGGUUUUCAGGGUUUUGGCAAGUAAGGCAAAAGGAAAGUUCAGUGUGAUGUAUGAAAGAAGCAAACAAAAUGACAUGGGUAAAAGAAAAGAAUCAACGGACAGAAAUUAUUUGUAAGUGCCACUAUAAAGUGCUAUCAGGGAAUAUCAGGAAGGAUGAGUCACAUAGUGGAGUAUACUCAUCUGUUACACUCAUAACUAUACUUAUAACUACAAUAACUUACAAAGUAUUAGAUUUUCUACUAAUGUACUUUACAUUUGCAUGUUUUGAUGUAAACUCGGGGCAUUUUUUUUUUAUGUAGAUUUAAAAGACGGGGGUGCUGAAAUGCUCUAACCCAUGUAACGUUUAUAUAGAAACACUAGUCGCAUCUGAAACACAACUACUUGUUUCAAGUCUUGAAAUGUAUUUUAAAAGUGAUUUUAACAAGAUAUUUUAUGUCUGGUAAGUGUAUACAUAUUUAUAUGCAAUCUGUGCUGGAAUUUUUCACAGAUCUGAAAGCAAUUGAUUCAAAGUUUUUGUGUGUUCUUCAUGGAGUCUACUAGAGUAGUUCCUCAUUCCUUAGAUCUUCUUCUUUGUCUUUUUGUACAUGUAUUCUGUUGCACACAAUAAACUGAUGU